CCUCCGGGGCCACGGGGCGCGCGCAACAGGCGGCCCGAGCCGGCGGGAAGCUGGAGCGCCGACGGCGUCGGUCUCGGAGGGGUGUGGAGAGGCGAGGCCAGGCAGAGCCCCGCGCAGCCAUGGAGUCGCUCCUGCUGCCGGUGCUGCUGCUGCUGGCCGUACUAUGGACGCAGGCAGCCGCCCUCAUUAACCUCAAGUACUCAGUAGAAGAGGAGCAGCGCGCCGGGACGGUGAUUGCCAACGUGGCCAAGGACGCGCGGGAGGCGGGCUUCGCGCUGGACCCCCGGCAGGCUUCGGCCUUUCGCGUGGUGUCCAACUCGGCUCCACACCUAGUGGACAUCAAUCCCAGCUCUGGCCUGCUGGUCACCAAGCAGAAGAUUGACCGUGACCUGCUGUGCCGCCAGAGCCCCAAGUGCAUCAUCUCGCUCGAGGUCAUGUCCAGCUCAAUGGAAAUCUGCGUGAUAAAGGUGGAGAUCAAAGACCUGAACGACAAUGCGCCCAGUUUUCCGGCAGCACAGAUGGAACUGGAGAUCUCGGAGGCAGCCAGCCCUGGCACGCGCAUCCCGCUGGACAGCGCUUACGAUCCAGACUCAGGAAGCUUUGGCGUGCAGACUUACGAGCUUACGCCCAACGAGCUGUUCGGUCUGGAGAUCAAGACGCGCGGCGACGGCUCGCGCUUCGCCGAACUCGUGGUGGAAAAGAGCCUGGACCGCGAGACGCAGUCGCACUACAGCUUCCGAAUCACUGCGCUAGACGGUGGCGACCCGCCGCGCCUGGGCACCGUUGGCCUUAGUAUCAAGGUGACCGACUCCAAUGACAACAACCCGGUGUUUAGCGAGUCCACCUACUCGGUGAGCGUGCCAGAAAACUCGCCUCCCAACACACCCGUCAUCCGCCUCAACGCCAGCGAUCCAGACGAGGGCACCAACGGCCAGGUGGUCUACUCCUUCUAUGGCUACGUCAACGACCGCACGCGUGAGCUCUUUCAGAUCGACCCGCACAGUGGCCUGGUCACUGUCACUGGCGCUUUAGACUACGAAGAGGGGCACGUGUACGAGCUGGACGUGCAGGCUAAGGACUUGGGGCCCAAUUCCAUCCCGGCACACUGCAAGGUCACCGUCAGCGUGCUGGACACCAAUGACAAUCCGCCGGUCAUCAACCUGCUGUCAGUCAACAGUGAGCUUGUGGAGGUCAGCGAGAGCGCCCCCCCGGGCUACGUGAUCGCCUUGGUGCGGGUGUCUGAUCGCGACUCAGGCCUCAAUGGACGUGUGCAGUGCCGUUUGCUGGGCAAUGUGCCCUUUCGACUGCAGGAAUACGAGAGCUUCUCCACUAUUCUGGUGGACGGACGGCUGGACCGCGAGCAGCACGACCAAUACAACCUCACAAUUCAGGCACGCGACGGCGGCGUGCCCAUGCUGCAGAGUGCCAAGUCCUUUACCGUGCUCAUCACUGACGAAAAUGACAACCACCCGCACUUUUCCAAGCCCUACUACCAGGUCAUUGUGCAGGAGAACAACACGCCUGGCGCCUAUCUGCUCUCUGUGUCUGCUCGCGACCCCGACCUGGGUCUCAACGGCAGUGUCUCCUACCAGAUCGUGCCGUCGCAGGUGCGGGACAUGCCUGUCUUCACCUAUGUCUCCAUCAACCCAAACUCAGGCGACAUCUACGCGCUGCGAUCCUUUAACCACGAGCAGACCAAGGCGUUCGAAUUCAAGGUGCUGGCCAAGGACGGCGGCCUUCCCUCACUGCAAAGCAACGCUACGGUGAGGGUCAUCAUCCUCGACGUCAACGACAACACCCCGGUCAUCACAGCCCCACCUCUGAUUAACGGCACUGCCGAAGUCUACAUACCCCGCAACUCUGGCAUAGGCUACCUGGUGACUGUUGUCAAGGCAGAAGACUACGAUGAGGGCGAAAAUGGCCGAGUCACCUACGACAUGACCGAGGGCGACCGCGGCUUCUUUGAAAUAGACCAGGUCAACGGCGAAGUCAGAACCACCCGCACCUUCGGGGAGAGCUCCAAGUCCUCCUAUGAGCUUAUCGUGGUGGCUCACGACCACGGCAAGACAUCUCUCUCUGCCUCUGCUCUCGUCCUAAUAUACUUGUCCCCUGCUCUCGAUGCCCAAGAGUCAAUGGGCUCUGUGAACUUGUCCUUGAUUUUCAUUAUUGCCCUGGGCUCCAUUGCGGGCAUCCUCUUUGUAACUAUGAUCUUCGUGGCAAUCAAGUGCAAGCGAGACAACAAAGAGAUCCGGACCUACAACUGCAGUAAUUGUUUAACCAUCACUUGUCUCCUCGGCUGUUUUAUAAAAGGACAAAACAGCAAGUGUCUGCAUUGCAUCUCAGUUUCUCCCAUUAGCGAGGAGCAAGACAAAAAGACAGAGGAGAAAGUGAGCCUAAGGGGAAAGAGAAUUGCUGAGUACUCCUAUGGGCAUCAAAAGAAAUCAAGCAAGAAGAAAAAAAUCAGUAAGAAUGACAUCCGCCUGGUACCCCGGGAUGUGGAGGAGACAGACAAGAUGAACGUUGUCAGUUGCUCUUCCCUGACCUCGUCCCUCAACUAUUUUGACUACCACCAGCAGACGCUGCCUCUGGGCUGCCGCCGCUCUGAGAGCACUUUCCUGAAUGUGGAGAACCAGAAUACCCGCAACACCAGUGCUAACCACAUCUACCAUCACUCUUUCAACAGCCAGGGGCCCCAGCAGCCUGACCUGAUUAUCAACGGUGUGCCUCUGCCUGAGACUGAAAACUAUUCUUUUGACUCCAACUACGUGAAUAGCCGAGCCCAUUUAAUCAAAAGCUCCACCUUCAAGGACUUAGAGGGCAACAGCCUGAAGGAUAGUGGACAUGAGGAGAGUGACCAAACUGACAGUGAGCAUGAUGUCCAGCGGAGCCUGUAUUGUGAUACUGCUGUCAAUGAUGUGCUGAACACCAGUGUGACCUCCAUGGGAUCUCAGAUGCCUGACCAUGAUCAGAAUGAAGGAUUUCAUUGCCGGGAAGAAUGCCGGAUUCUUGGCCACUCUGACAGGUGCUGGAUGCCCCGGAACCCCAUGCCCAUCCGUUCCAAGUCCCCUGAGCAUGUGAGGAACAUCAUCGCGCUGUCUAUUGAAGCUACUGCUGCUGAUGUUGAGGCUUACGACGACUGCGGCCCCACCAAACGGACUUUCGCAACCUUUGGGAAAGAUGUCAGCGACCACCCGGCUGAGGAGAGGCCCACCCUGAAAGGCAAGAGGACUGUCGAUGUGACCAUCUGCAGCCCCAAGGUCAGCAGCGUUAUCCGGGAGGCAGGCAAUGGCUGUGAGGCGAUUAGCCCUGUCACCUCCCCCCUCCACCUCAAGAGCCCUCUGCCCACCAAGCCUUCCGUGUCUUACACCAUUGCCCUGGCUCCCCCGGCCCGUGAUCUGGAGCAGUAUGUCAACAAUGUCAACAAUGGCCCUGCUCGUCCCUCUGAAGCUGAGCCCCGUGGAGCUGACAGCGAGAAAGUCAUGCACGAGGUCAACCCCAUUCUGAAGGAAGGUCGCCACAAAGAGUCCCCUGGUGUGAAGCGUCUGAAGGAUAUCGUUCUCUAAACCAGUCUCCGGGAAGAAGAGAAAGAAACCACAGUGGCUAGUGAAGAAGCAGGAGCUUCUUAUUUUAAUUGCUCACCAAUGGUUGGUUCUUGAGUGGCUAUAUUUCAGAGCUUUUCCUAAAUGUAUUGUUUAUAGGUGACUAUCAUUCCGUGACAAUCCCUUGUUUCAACAGGCGGCGGGGGUGUUCAGUUGGAGCAAAUUAGCUUUGGCUUGAGUUGUUCAUGGGGCCUUGAUGUUGGGGAAACAGAGACAAAUUCAGUUGUGAAAAGUAUUAUGUAUUAAGUGUUUGAAUUUAUAUAUUUUUCUAUGUCAAAAUUAUAAUAUAAAUUACCAUUGUUUGUGGAGGAUUACAUUUAAAAAAGCAAAAAGUGAAAAAAAAAAAAAAGCUCUGGACACCUUUAAUAAGCUC